CGAGAGGUCUGGCAACAGCAGUAAUGACAAAACGCUUAACAACACUUUACACAAAUAACUAGAAAAUAUUAGUAAUAAUAAGCGGAUAAGUAAACAUGGAUAUAUCAAAGGCACCAAAUCCUAGAAAGUUACAACUUUGCCGCACAUAUUUUCUUACUGGUUUUGCUUUCCUGCCUUUUGUGUGGGCGAUUAAUGUUUGCUGGUUCUUCAACGAGGCCCUUCGGAAGCCCCCAUUUCCAGAACAGAGCCAAAUCAAGCGCUAUGUCUUAUACUCGGCCAUUGGUACGCUUAUUUGGCUUAUAAUCCUAAUUAAUUGGAUCAUCAUAUUCCAAACUAAUCGCGCAGACUGGGGCGCCACCGCUGACUAUAUGAGCUUUAUAAUACCCCUGGGUAGUGCUUAGUAGGUAGACUAGAUCUCUUUAAAAUAAGUAAUAUGUACUCAAAAAUAAAACUAAUGUUUUAAUAGUAUUAUA